UCCGGCCUCACCUCUGGACCUUGCCUCGCAGCGUCUGCGACCUCGAAAGUCGUGUUGCCUGUCUCACCCGUACCUACUGAUUUGGGUUGUUCGCGGGCUGUCGCGCAUUUGCAAGCAAGAUGCCUAGCUCAGUAAAGGACGAAGACAGGAGCGUGAACGGCGACGGCGGCAUCAUGUCGAUUCCCGGCGCAGAAGACACCAUCGACCCGUCCACCUUCGAGCAGAUCCUCGAGAUGGAUGAGGACGAGGCUGAGCGCGAGUUCUCGCAGAGCAUCGUCUACGACUUCUUCACCCAGGCCGAGGGCACCUUUGUGAAGAUGGACACCAACCUGUGCGUCGAGAAGAAGGACCUCAAGACACUUAGCGAGCUUGGCCACUUCCUCAAGGGCUCGUCUGCGACGCUCGGCCUGACCAAGGUCAAGGAUUCUUGCGAGAAGAUCCAGCACUACGGCCAGCUGAAGGACGAGACGGGCACAAAAGACAUUGAGGAGAAGGAGGCGCUGAAGAGCCUGGAGAAAAUCAUCAGCCAGGCCAAGGACGAGUUCCACGAGGUCGAGAAGGUACUCAAGAAGUUCUACAACGACGACGACGACGACGACGAAUGAGCGUCGCCACCCGCUCUC